AUGUCUUCCGAACGUCCGGCGAAGAGAGUGAGACAGGCUUGUGAGCCAUGCAGGCGCAAAAAGUCACGAUGCCCAGGAGAACAACCAAUCUGUUCUCAUUGUUCGCGACUAGGCCAGACGUGCUUCUAUGCCGAUGAAAGGCAACAGAGCGAGCGUCGUAGCACACCGCCUACUCGCACGCAUCUCCCACCAUCAUCAGAGGGGAGAUUGGAAGAUCGACUAAAGCUGGUCGAGUCGCAGCUUGCAGAAGUCCUUGCACACCAAGGACAUCCGCGCAGGAGUGUUUCCCAGCUGCCACAAUCUCCAAUUAUUUCCUCCAGCCAAUUUUAUGCCAGACAGGAAACCCCCCAACACGCUGACAGUGCUCUACCCUCAUGGAACAUUAUCCUCGCAGCUGCAAAGACAUAUCUCCAAUUCUGUGACUGUCAGCCACUACCACUUUUUCACCGUGCCACCUUCCUGCAAACACUGCAGCAGCGUGACCCAGAAGUCUUGUGCUCCAUAUUGGCGCUGGCUCUUCGAUUCGAAGAACAUGGAACUGUUUCUGGUGGGUAUGAGGAGGCAGCUCGGAACAGAAUUUCGAAGAGAGUCUUCGAAGGCAGAGUCGAACUUUCCACAAUUCAGGCUCUCUGUCUCUUGACCCUUGUAGACUUUUCAGAUGGCAACACCAGGCGGGCAAGCUUCAAUUGCAGCUUGGCUAUGAGUCUAGCUCACAAUGCAGGCUUGACUUCAGAACCUCACCCAGAUCUCUACGAUCGCGAAAGGGAAGAACGACGACGAUGUUUCUGGAGCCUCUUCCUCCUGAAGAGGCUUCACGGGGCUGACUUCAUGAUACUCGACUUUUCAGCUGAAGACAACUUCCCUUGGUAUCCCGAAACAACAGGCGAUUCUUUCAAUUCAAGUCUGCGCUCAAACCCCGAGGCAAUCGAGCAUCCAGACAAAGGUAUCGUCGCAUAUGCCAUCCAAUUGAGUGAAGUGUGGUUCAAAAUCACUAGAUACGCUCGUCGUCGUGGAAAGCCAAACGCUCAACCUCCUUGGGCUUCUCAGUCUGAUUAUGCCACGAUUCUAGCCCAUCAGAUGGACUUCGAAACGAGGAUGCCCUACAUUCACCGCUUUGAACCUGCCAAGUUCUCCCAAAAGACAGUGGAGCAGCUGAACUCCAAUCGUGAUUACUGGGGACCGUGGCUUUUCGUCCAAUUCCUUUAUCACACCAACUUAUGCCUCCUAAAUCACCCCCUCUUGCUGUCACUCAGACUUCGAAACUUCAAGUGUGUCAUACCAGAAAUCUUUCUUCAGCACACAGCCGAUCUCAUAUCAUCACAUGCCUCUUGGAUCAUCAACUUCAUUGACAUGUUGGAAGCCAAGCCUUUCAAGGUCACAGAUCCUUUUCUGGGGCACUGUGUGGCGAUCGUCUCUACUAUCUACCUACAAGAGAGCUUUGUUGAAGAUGCUGGUACGAGAGAAGAGAAGCAAGCUUGUUUUGAGAAAUGCUUGAAGUUCAUUAGAGGCUUUGGGCCGCAAUGGCCACAUCUAGACAGGAUAGCAAUGAAACUUCAGAAGCUUGCAGAAACCGUCUCAUCUACAUAUGUUGCUAGUGAAGAGCACAUUCGACAGAACAGAAAGCUGUUGAUUGACCUUGGGCAAUUCUUCGAAGUACUGGAGUAUUCAGCAUCCAGUGAGAUGCCGGGAAUCGCGGGACAACUAUUCGGCCCAUCCCUACAGACCAGUCUCUUAACUUCAAGAACCGAAAUGGCGCAGACCUCCGUCCUUCCGACACCAACGAGAGUUGAAAGACAAGAAUUUGGGAACUCAACUCCAGCACCAAGCGCUCAACAAACCCCGAUGGACACAAACUUUGUGAGAUUGCCGCAAGAUAACCUCUUAGCUUACUCGGAUGAUGAGCUCGCAGUCCUAGCUGAAAACUUCUUCCAUCAAAGGCAAGAUCUCGACGGCAAUGUUAAUUGGUGGAAUUCUCAAUUCUGA